AUGUUCCGACCCGCAUCGCGAGCGCUCCUCCGCGCCCCAGCACCAGCUGUCAAUGUCGCGCGCGGUCCAUCUCGCCGAUUCAUAAGCUCCAGUCCCUCAGGGCCCUCAAAGCCACGGAGCUGGAAGAACACCUUUGUCCGGGUCGGAUUGGCGGCCGGUGCUGUCUACUACUACAACACGAGCAGCGUCUUCGCGGAGACCCCAUCGCUCUCCUUCCGCAACAAGUCCCAGUCUCAAUCCGACAAUGAGAAGCCCCUACCAACGCUCGACUCCGUCAAGCCUAAGAGCCGCGAGGAGAAGAAGGCUCCCGCUUCAACAGACGCCAACGCACAGCCCGAAUCCGAAUCGCCUUUGAAAUCCGCUGAAGAGCUCGAGGCCGAGGCAGACCAGCAGGCUGCGUUUAACCCGGAGACUGGCGAGAUCAACUGGGACUGCCCAUGCCUCGGUGGCAUGGCGUACGGGCCUUGCGGAGAAGAGUUCCGGGCUGCGUUUAGCUGUUUUGUUUACUCGGAGGAGGAGCCUAAGGGGAUUGACUGCAUUGAUAAGUUCAAGGGUAUGCAAGAUUGCUUCCGCGCUCACCCUGACGUCUACGGCGCGGAGCUUGAGGACGACGAGGACGCCAGCGCUGCAAACUCCGAGCAGCCUCUCGCUACGGAGGUCGACGCCGCUGUUCCCCCAGCUGAGAAGCACGAGAAUGCCAAGGAAGCCCGUGACCAGGUGAAGUCCGCUACGGGCGAGGUUGCCGAGUCCGAGGAGAUUGUCCCUAAGGCCUGGCACGAGUCAGAAGCGGAGAAGAAGCCCGAGCAGCAGACGGAGAAAUAA